AUAGUGCAUGUGUUAAAUUAAUUAAACAUGUAUGCAGUAUUUGUUUUGCAUGACAUGUAUUUUUUUGUAAUAUUACAUUUACAGGUCUUAACCACCAUGGGAUGACAGUGAUGGAUCAGAGUUGGCUGCACGGUGCUAAAGAGUCGUCACAUGUCGAUCAGGGGCUAAGCCAGCCGAUUACAGACAGAGUCCACAAACCUGGGAACCACAUCGUUGAAAAUGAGGAUGGUACCAACAGCACCAGCCACCAGGUGUCGCCGCCAAAAACCACCACAGUGAGAGAAUUGCUUGUGGAGCUCAAAUCCUUGCUCACAGGACAAGGAGAGAACGUAGCACGCCUGGUGAAAGAGCUGGAAGAAAAGGUCCCAACCUUGCCGUCAGCAGUGAGCGGUGUUACCACCCAGGCUGACAUCGCUUUGGCCUUGCUGCCUCUGCGCAGUGAGAACAUCCAACUGCGAAGAAAAAUUAAAGAGAUGAAUGAAGAACUGAGACAACAUGAAAGACAAGCGAAUGCAACAACAGCAGCAUCAGACGUGAAAGGAUUAGCACUUCAUGAAAGAAACUCAUUUCUGCAAAAGCAACUGCAAGAGAGCCGGAAGCAAGCGGAGCAGCUGGAGAAGGAAAAAUGGGGCCUACACGAGGCACUGCAGCAGCAGAACGAACAGCACGACAGGGCAGCACAGAAUCUGCAAGAGCGCGAGAGGAAUUUCCUUUGCCAAAAGCAGCAGCUGGAAAUUGAGCUAAGGCGUGCAGAGUCAGUCUUCAUUGGCCAUCAUCCCUGCAAGUGA